AUGGCUGAGAACGCAUCCAACUCUCCACAGCGUCAAAUGCGAAAUGGCACACCCGAAAAGACCUCUUUCGAAGGCUUCGGACAUGUCGAGGCUUCCACAGACGACUACGCUCUAGUAGUAACUCGAAAACUGGACAAGAACCACAAUCUCGAAUCCACCACUCUUGACGUCGAUUCUCCUCAUAUUCUGCAGGCUUUUAGAGAUGUUGUAAAAGUCGCACCCGACUAUUCCUUCGGAUUUCACUUCGGCGGUUUCGACUCCUGUUCCUUCGGAGAUGUUGUUUCAUCAUUGGGUUUGCAGAGGUAUGCUGGAGAGCUGGAUGAGCAAGGUGUGGAGAGGAAGCAUGUGGAGUUGUUGAAGUUUAUGGAGUUUGAUAUGGGUGCUGCGAGGAAGAGUUAUACGACACAAACUGGGUGCUUUGUUUCGACCGGGCGAUACAGUGGUACUUAUGUCAAGUCUCACCCUUGGUUGCUCAAGGUGGAGAAGACGGCUUAUGAGCGAUAUGAUAAGAGUGGCAAGUACUGCGAGAUUCAGUGCUCGUACUCUGACUAUGAUGGCGAGAAGUAUGGUGUUUCAAAGUACGUGUUUCGUAUCUAUCAGAAAGAGGAUUUCGGCUCUGAUCAUCCUUCAAAGAUUCUGGAUCUCAAGGUCUAUCCCAGAGCUUACGCACCAGAUGACGAGGACCUUGAAAACCGUCUUCGUAAGAGGGGAGAACUGUUCUCGUCGAUAACGGGUAUGUUGGCACGUCAAUACGACGGACCGGCCGAAUACCUCAAACUCCCACCUCACGCCUUCUAUCAUCCAGAUGAGAACCAAUGGCCACAACUCUGGAUGCCAUUCAUAGAGACCGGUCGCGUCAUCAUCGACCGCAGGACCUUCGAGCAAGAUCACCCCAGCGGCAUCAUCAGCAGAAGACCCUUAUCAUCCUUAAACACCUUCCUCUGUCCCCCUUACGUCCUCGGAUACUCCAGCAGCAGAAAAGACUGGUGUCGCUUCUACGUCACAAACCUACACAAAGUAACCUGGAAGGCCAACGCCUUUUCAACCUCAUCCUCCCAUCUAGCCAACUCAACCUCGUCUGCGCACUAA